CCACGCAGUCUUCCCGCGCGACCCGCACGUGCGUCUAGCGUGCCACAUCGGUCUAAACUCAACAUUUCCGAACGAAUCACAAAUUCUCCAAGUGCGACAAAUAAUAACCGAAAUACUUGUGCCUAACUGUGCCCCCCGUACGUGUACUCUUGUUAUGCCAUUGUACUGUGCGAAGACUUCAGUGUACUGUCAAUUAAAGUUAUUGUAUUUUUUCUUCGUCUACAAAUUAAUUAGAUCUUACAUAGAACCGGAAAGCAUUAAAUUAAUGAAUGGAAUUUAUUAAACUGCUUCGUAUGGUUGGAUGAAAUACUCGUACACGUUGCAGACUGUACAUUAAAUGAGACCGGAAAAUAUUGAGACUCCGUUGUCUGCCCCGCGCGACACGAAACACAGCAUCUACGCUAUGAAUGAUCAGACAUUUCAUACUCCUUCAUUUGGCGACGAAGAAUUUGACAUUCCAUUGAUGCAUGGACAGCAUGCGACUCCAGUUCCAGUUCAGAACAGUCACAAUCCGUACACCCAGUUGCAUCAUUCUGCGCCACAGGUUGGAAUGAUGAAUCCAGCUCAAGAUGGGCUGGCGCCGCCUGGUGGUGCCCCUUCUUAUCAACAACCCCUGUACUUGCAAGAACCUCAUACACCUGUUACUACACAUAGUGGAGCGGGUGCCCCUGCGGGCAACUAUAUAAUUCAGCAGCAGCCUGGUGGUCAGCAGAGACUACUGAUGAUGCAGCCCACACAGGUUAUGAGCGGACCACCUACACCCAGUACGCCCACUCAGCUGUCGGGACCUGUGUAUGGUUCCCCACAAAGAGCAUCUCCACCAGGCACAACAAGUGAUGACUCUGAUGAUAGUGUACCUUCACAUCAUUCUCAGUUGCCUGGUGAUGCGGAAAGCCUUCUGCCUAUCCAUUAUUGCUCAGCGAGCCGGCAGCAACAAACUACGCUUCAUCAGAUGGGUGUGAGCAGUAUUGGAGUUAAGAGGUCAUCACCUGAACCCAUGGAUAAUGGCAUUAAUCGUGGUCAGAUGCAGAAGAAACCUAAAGUUCAGAAGAAAAAGAAAAAGAGAGAUCCUAAUGAACCUCAAAAACCUGUUUCUGCAUAUGCUUUGUUCUUCCGAGAUACCCAAGCAGCAAUCAAAGGACAAAACCCUAAUGCAAGUUUUGGAGAAGUUUCUAAAAUUGUUGCUUCAAUGUGGGAUGGGCUGGACUCUGAACACAAAAGUGUAUAUAAACAAAAAACUGAAGUGGCUAAGAAAGAGUACCUCAAAGCAUUAGCAGCCUACAGAGCCAGCUUAGUAUCAAAGGGAGGUGAACAAGAACCCCAAACCAUGUACAAUCACACCAAUAGUGCCAACCCCAAUUACGGCAAUUAUUACCAAGGCCAGACAUACGGAAAUGGUCAUUCCCCACAAGGUUAUGUGCCAAGCCAAGCUCCGCAAGGUUACUCCCCACAGAACUACAAUGGCGGUCAACAGCAACCUGGGUACCAAGGACCGACGGCUCCAUAUCCUCCUAAUCCUCAACAAUCUCCACAAAGUUACCAAGGCAGCAUAGCACACACUCCUCAGACAUAUCAGGGUGUUCCUGGUCAGUCUCCACAGGGCUAUCAAGUGAAUCCAGCUGCUUCCCCUCAGGCCUGUCAAUCCAACAUGGGUCAAUCCCCAAGAAGUUACCAGCCUGCACAGUCACCAUCAAACUAUACUGCUAGCUCUGGAAUGUCUCCGCCUGGGUACAGACAGGUCCAAUCACAAUCUCCUCCAAUGGGUUCUGUUCAUGCAGCUAUGCAGUACCAUCAUUCUCAGCAGCAAAUGCAACAAACUCACCAACAAAUGCAAGCUCAUCAAGUACAGCAGUAUCAACAACAACAACAGCAGCAGCAGCAGCAACAACAACAGCAGCAACAACAACAGCAGCAGCAGCAACAACAGCAACAGCAGCAGCAACAACAACAGCAGCAGCAGCAACAACAACAACAGCAACAUCAAUCUCAAAAUCAUAUUCAAAAAAAUGAUCAGCACUCUCCUAAUAGCAAUGGCACAGGAAUGCCUCAACAAUCACCAGAUCAAAAUGAAAAUCGAAGUACACCAUCAUGCAUUCGUCAGGGAUGCACCAAUCCGGCCAUAGCUAAUAGUGAAUGGGAAGAUGAAUACUGCUCCAACGAGUGUGUUGUUAGCCACUGCAGAGAUGUCUUCAGUUCCUGGGUAGCUUCGAAUAGUAACAACCAGAUUCAAAACUUUUCUGCAGUAAAAUAAGAUUUUUUGUACAUAUCAAUGUAAUAAUAAAAUUUUUCUUAUGAUUAAGAAUAAAAAUGAAAUAUGCAUUGUAUGAUAAUAGUUAUUAUUAUAUAUAGUGCAUUAGUUACGUUACUCUGUUAUGGUUAUUUAUGAAUUCAUUGUUAUAAUCUUGUAGAUCCUUGAUAUAUUUAUCUCCCUUGUAAUACAUAGUUCUUAUGCAAAUUUCUUCCAUUUUAUGAAAAGGAGGCAAAUAAUUUAGAAAAAAAUAUUUUACAUAGGAGUUGUUUGUUGUUAUAACAAAAAAACAUUAAUAAUAUUUUUAAGUAACACUUAAGGAAUUGUAGUUGCAUUUAAUUUCAUGCCAAUUGACAUUAAAUAACUUUUAAAAUUACUUGGAUAUUAGUUGGGUGUAUAUAAUUAUUAUUUGUUCCUAAUUAGUAAUAGUUGCUUAUUACUUAUGUACACUUCAGAUUACAUAUUGCAAUAAAUUAACUUUUAAUCGUAUAACGAACUAAUUAGUUCAUAAUAAAAUUAGGGGUAUCAUUGAAAUGUUGAACCAAUAAGUUGCAAGUUAAUUUAUUAAAAGCUGGCAUUCAAUAGUCGAUUGUAGUAGAGAUUGGCAUAGCAAUAACUCAUAAAUAUUUGCUUUGACAAAAUAUAUUUAGGAUUUCUUAAUUGAUUUAUAUAAUGGCUGUAUGUAUGGCAAUAAAUGUUCAUACUUUUACUUUUCAAAAUUCAAAAUUCGAUUAGAUAUUUAGUUAUAUUUUAGACUAUUUAAUAUCCUACACACUUAACAUAUUAGUGAUAUUAGUAACAUUAGUGUCAACUACACGUGUACAUUUUCUGUCUCAUCGAGCAAUAUAAUUGGUACUUGUUUUUUUUAGACUAGAUAUUAGCUGGACCAAAAUUUUUUUUGUACUUGAAACGAAAUAAAAUCUAUUUUAAGAUACAAAUCAUAAUUUUAUUGUAAAUUCAUUGAUUAACUAUGUAAAUAAAUACACGCAAUAAUAGAUUUAGGUAGAGUAGUAGAAGAAAAUACGUGAAACUGAAGUUUGAUUUCAUGUUAUUUAUUUUAUAGUAUUUUAGGUCAUUAUUACAUGAUCGUAAAUAAGUACUUUAUAAUGUACAUUUAACGGUGUAUAAAAUAUAAUUAGAACAAUGAUUUCAUUAAAUUUCUUAAACAGUAUCAAUGUGCUUCAUUGUUAAUUUUAUAUCGUCUUUAUAAUAAUUAAAGCGCAGGUGAUUCCCUCUGUAAGUAGGUUACCCGAACUAGUGCAACUUUUAUAUAGGUAGCACAGUUCGGUUUGCAAAAAUCACCGGUUUUCGUAAACUCUUAGCAGCUGUACAAGGGAUUUAUAGACUUCGUCAUAUCUUUAGUUUCGCUCAUACAGGAAAGAGAGAUACAAGAAGCGUAUACAUGUAUUGAAAUAGAAAUUACCAUAGAUUUAAUAAGUAGGUACUUCGGGAGUAUCUACUAAUAGGGCAUAUUACGCAAAGCUCAAAUUCAAAAUUCAAAUUCAAAAAUUUUUGGUCGUAAAUCUGUAACAAUAUUGAAAAUUGGCGCUUUUAUGUUAAUACCUACUUAUAUACACAGCCUCAUUAGUAUUUUUAUAAACUAUUUUAUUACGUCUAGCACUCAAAUAAAACGAAUUACUGCGAAUACAUUGUUCUUAUUAUUUAUUAAAUAUGGUUGACCUAUCUACGCGUACGAAAUCUCUAACAAAUUGAUAGCAGAGCGUAGUUGUGAUAUAAGAAAUAAAAAAUUGCAUCUACUAUAAGUUAUCGCAAAAUUGAACCGUUGACCAAGUCAAAUUAUGAUACUUGGUGCCUGCAAGCGCAAGCGGUCCUGAUUAAACAUGACUAUUGGGAUAUCGUAAGCGUAAAGAUAAUUGCUGUCUGGAUAGUGGAUGUUCAUCUCACAUGUGUUGUGAUAAAACAAUGUUUUCCACCAUGAACCCACAAAAUGGUAGCCUGAAGGUGGCAUCGAACAAAUACACAAGUCAAAUUCUAGAUAAAGGCAUUAUUACGGUCAGUUCAGAAAAACAAGGUUACAACACUACAAUUUUAAUGACAUAUAUCCCUGAUUUAUCAGUAAACCUUUUGUCAGUGGCUAAAGUAACAGAAAGAGGAAAUAAAGUCGUUUUUGAAGAAAAUAAAGCCUAUGUAGUAGAAAACCGGAGAGGUGGCGCUGACAGCAGAAAGAAAAGAUGGACUAUACUGUUAAGCUUUAUAUGGUAACCCCAUUUAGUAUAUGGUAUCCCUUAAACAUUUAAAACGUAUGACAACAUUUGUAUUUUGACGUAUCCGGUUCAUUCUCCCUUCUUCCUUUGAAUCUGUCAUGGCCGGACGUGCUAUCCGACCUUUUAUAUUAAUUAGUGUUUAUUAUAAUUCCUUCGGAUUUGUGUAGCUUUAUUUUAACAAAUAAAUGCUUAUACAAACUA